GCAAGGAUGCGCGCGCGCGCAACGCACGGGGGCGUUUCCUUCCAUUCACCCGCCACCCGGGACUGCCAAGGCGCAUGCGUUAGAAGAAGGUGCCUGGUCCCGAGCGCACCCCAGAGAAGGGCCUUAGAGCCCUUUGGGCGGCUCCCGCCCUCGAGCAGGACAGCGGCGCGCGCGCGUGAGGAGGCGUGGCUUCUCCUACAGGCGGGCUCGGAUUGGAGGCAGCAAGCUGAAAGGGUGGGAACUCCCUAAAGGCCGUCCAGCGAUUGGCCAGAUGCUGAAGGGAGCGUGGUCUUGGGAGGCGGGGCGGGGGGCCUGGCGGGGCUUAACGCGGCGCGGAGGUGGUGGCGGCGGCGUUGAAAGAGUGAACAAGCGGCACUUGGAAUCCCCCUGCCCUGGGGAUUGAAGGCCGGGGGCGCGGGGCCUCCGGAAGCCUGGAGGAGGCGGCGGGGUGAGACGCCGCUGGGUGAGUGCUGACCGAGAGGGGCGCAGCGCGCCGCCCCUCCCUUUCUUCCUGGACCGCGCCUCGCGGCGCCUACUCCACCUCUGACCCUGCGUUCCGCUCGGACCUGAGCGCCGGGUCCCGAGCCCGGCUGUGGGGCGGCUGCUGCGCGCCAGCCGUCCGCUUUCGCUCCUUACCCGGCCCCCGGGGGCUUAAGCGAAUUUGGAAAUUCCCGGUUCCUCUCCCCAGCCUCCCAGGGGAAACUGAGGCCGGGCGGAGUUGUUUUUGGGGGGCCUCACCAGCUUCACGCAGACGCCAUGGCCGAGCCCCUGAAGGAAGAAGACGGCGAGGACGGCUCUGGGGAGCCCCCCGGGCCGGCGAAGGCGGAGCCCGCCCACACAGCCGCCUCUGUAGCAGCGAAGAACCUGGCCUUGCUCAAAGCCCGCUCCUUCGAUGUGACCUUCGACGUGGGGGACGAGUACGAGAUCAUCGAGACCAUAGGCAAUGGGGCCUACGGGGUGGUGUCGUCUGCGCGCCGCCGCCUCACCGGCCAGCAGGUGGCCAUUAAGAAGAUCCCUAAUGCUUUUGAUGUGGUGACCAAUGCCAAGCGGACUCUCAGGGAGCUGAAGAUCCUCAAACACUUCAAGCAUGACAACAUCAUUGCCAUCAAGGACAUCCUGAGACCUACAGUGCCCUAUGGCGAGUUCAAAUCUGUCUAUGUUGUUCUCGACCUGAUGGAGAGUGACCUGCACCAGAUCAUUCACUCCUCGCAGCCACUCACGCUGGAGCACGUGCGCUACUUCCUGUACCAACUGCUGCGGGGCCUGAAAUACAUGCACUCAGCUCAGGUCAUCCACCGAGACCUCAAGCCCUCCAACCUGUUGGUGAAUGAGAACUGCGAGCUCAAGAUCGGUGACUUUGGCAUGGCCCGGGGCCUGUGCACCUCGCCUGCUGAGCACCAAUACUUCAUGACUGAGUAUGUGGCCACACGCUGGUAUCGCGCCCCCGAGCUCAUGCUCUCACUUCAUGAGUACACACAGGCUAUUGACCUGUGGUCCGUAGGUUGCAUCUUUGGUGAGAUGCUGGCCCGGCGCCAGCUCUUCCCAGGCAAAAAUUAUGUGCACCAGCUGCAGCUGAUCAUGAUGGUGCUGGGUACUCCAUCGCCGGCUAUGAUUCAGGCUGUGGGGGCUGAGAGGGUGCGGGCGUACAUCCAGAGCCUGCCUCCGCGCCAGCCUGUGCCCUGGGAGACAGUGUAUCCAGGUGCUGACCGCCAGGCCCUGUCACUGCUGGGGCGCAUGCUGCGUUUUGAGCCCAGUGCCCGCAUCUCAGCAGCUGCUGCCCUUCGGCACCCCUUCCUGGCCAAGUACCAUGAUCCUGACGAUGAGCCUGACUGUGCCCCACCCUUUGACUUCGCCUUUGACCGUGAAGCCCUCACUCGGGAGCGCAUUAAGGAGGCCAUUGUGGCUGAGAUUGAGGACUUCCAUGCGCGGCGUGAGGGCAUCCGCCAGCAGAUCCGCUUCCAGCCUUCCCUUCAGCCUGUGGCCAGUGAGCCUGGCUGCCCCGAUGUGGAGAUGCCCAGUCCCUGGGCUCCCAGUGGAGACUGUGUCAUGGAAUCACCCCCACCAGCCCCUCCCCCAUGCCCUGGCCCUUCACCUGACACCAUUGAUCUGACCCUGCAGCUACCCCCGCCGACCAGUGAACCAGCUCCUCCAAAGAGGGAGGGUGCCAUCUCUGACAACACCAAAGCUGCCCUCAAAGCCGCCCUGCUCAAGUCCCUGCGGAGCCGGCUCAGAGAUGGCCCUAGUGCCCCCCUGGAAGCCCCUGAGCCUCGAAAGCCAGUGACGGCCCAGGAGCGCCAGCGGGAGCGGGAGGAGAAGCGGCGGCGGCGGCAGGAGCGCGCCAAGGAGCGGGAGAGGCGGCGGCAGGAGCGGGGCCGCAAGGAGCGGGGGGCUGGGGCCUCUGGGGGCCCCUCCACUGAUCCCUUGGCUGGGCUGGUGCUCAGUGACAAUGACCGCAGCCUGUUGGAGCGUUGGACUCGCAUGGCUCGGCCCCCAGCCCCAGCCCAGGCUCCUGUGGCACCCCCUCCAACCAAGCCCACCAGCCCUCCCACUGCCCCACCACAGCCUGCAGGGUCUACCCCUGGUGCUGCCCCACAGUCUGCACACCCACCCCUGGGCCCUGCUCCCCACCCAGUCAGCCCACCAGGGCCUGGCCCUGGCCCUGCUCCACUCCAGACUGCCACCUCCAGCCUCCUGGCCCCCCAGCCGCUUGUGCCAGCCCCUGGGUUGCCUGGCCCCAGUGCCGCGGGUGUUUUGCCUUACUUCUCGUCUGGCCCACUCCCUCCAGACUCUGGGGUUGCCCCUCAGCCCUCCACCUCCGAGUCACCAGAUGUCAACCUGGUGACCCAGCAGCUGUCCAAGUCGCAGGUGGAGGACCCCUUGCCCCCCGUGUUCUCAGGCACUCCAAAAGGCAGUGGGGCUGGCUAUGGUGUUGGCUUUGACCUGGAGGAAUUCCUAAACCAGUCUUUUGACAUGGGUGUGGCUGAUGGGCCACAGGAUGGCCAGGCAGACUCGGCAUCACUCUCAGCCUCCUUGCUUGCUGACUGGCUUGAGGGCCACGGCAUGAACCCAGCUGACAUUGAGUCCCUGCAGCGUGAGAUCCAGAUGGACUCCCCAAUGCUGCUGGCUGACCUGCCUGACCUCCAGGACCCCUGAGGCCCACAGCCUGUGCCUUACUGCCAGGGGCAGACCCAGCUCCCAUGGGAGCAUGCCUUCGGCCCCAGCAGUAGCAGCUCGGGUGGGAUUGUUCUGCAGGUUCAUCUCAGACCCACUUUGCAGCCUUAAGCAGCCACCUGAGCCAUGUCCGAGCUGUGACAGGGUCAGGACACCCUCACUCCCCAAGUGAUCCUUUUCUGUAUUAUAUUAUUAUUGUUAUUAUUAUUAUUAUUACACAAUCUUUUUGGCAUAGAAA